GUGCCGCGCUACAGAACAGGCGUCUUUUGGUGGGGUUGCCCAAUCGGCCUCAGCGUCUGACUCCAAAAAAGACACUCCUCCACACCCCAAGCUUAUCGAGCCUUCUUCUCCAUAAAGCAUCGGCCAUCGGCCACACCCUCGCUGUUUUGUCCCGCCCCUUUGUGAUUUUGCGCCGUUACCUUUCUUCUUCUUUUGCUCUGCCUCUCUCUACGAGAAGACGGACUUUGUCUUGUUGUCUCCACCAACUGGAUGUACCUGUCAGCGCAAUAACAAACACACUACUCUCGCCCUACUCACUCCAAUAGCCGCCUUCGUCCAAAACCACCACCAACAUUUCAUAAUGGCGGACCGGCGCGCGUCCAACUCGCAACAUGCCGACCAGGCCCUCGCCAACCUGGGCUACAAGAGCGAGUUGCCCAGACAUCUCUCCAUGAUGAGCGUGCUCGGCCUCUCCUUUGCCAUCAUGGCCGUCCCCUACGGUCUCUCGACUACAUUUUACCUCACCAUCCCCAACGGCACUUCCGUCACCAUCCUCUACGGCUGGAUCCUCGUCUCGCUUAUUUCCAUGUGCAUUGCCGCCUCGCUUGCCGAAAUCUGCGCCGUCUACCCAACAGCCGGCGGCGUCUACUACUGGUCUGCCAUGCUCUCGUCGCCAAAGUGGGCGCCAGUUGUCUCCUUCAUUGACGGAUGGCUGACUCUCGUUGGCAAUUGGACAAUUGCCCUCUCCAUCAACUUUGGAGGAGCCCAGCUGAUUCUGAGCGCCAUCAAUCUCUGGAACCCAGACUACAACCCGCUUGCUUGGCACACCGUGCUCUGCUUCUGGGCCGUCACGCUUGUGUGUGCCGUCAUCAACAUCUUUGGCACGCGCUAUCUCGACCUGAUUAACAAGAUUUGCAUUUACUGGACCGGCGCAAGCGUCAUUAUCAUCCUGGUCACAAUUCUCAGCAUGGCCAAGACGCACCGCUCUGCCGAGUUUGUCUUUUCCAACUACGAUACCUCUCGCAGUGGUUGGCCUGAGGGCUGGUCCUUCUUUGUAGGCCUCCUGCAAGCUGCGUAUGUCUUGACCGGAUACGGCAUGGUUGCCGCCAUGUGCGAAGAAGUGCAGAACCCCGAACGCGAAGUCCCGAAAGCCAUUGUCCUCUCCGUUGCUGCUGCCGGCGUCACCGGCCUCAUGUACCUCAUUCCCAUCCUCUUCGUCUUCCCCGACCUUGACGAGCUUACCAAUGCACCCGGUGGCCAACCGAUUGGCAUCAUCUUCAAGUACGCUACCGGAUCGCCCGGCGGAGGCUUUGCCAUGCUGUUCCUCAUCUUUGGCAUUCUCAUGUUUGCCGGUAUCGGUGCGCUUACGGCCGCCUCUCGCUGCACAUAUGCUUUUGCUCGUGACGGCGCCAUUCCCGGCUACAAGCUCUGGGGCAAGGUGAACAAGCGCCUCGACGUGCCACUCUGGGCCAUUACCCUUUCCACCAUUGUUAUUUCCCUUCUGGGCCUGAUUUACUUUGGCUCUACCGCAGCCUUCAACUCCUUUACUGGCGUUGGAACUAUCUGCCUCUCCACCUCGUACGCUGUGCCCGUCCUCGUCAAUGUCGUGCAAGGCCGCAAAUCUGUCAAGGACUCGCCAUACUCAUUAGGCAAGUUUGGCUUGGCUAUGAACUUGGUCUGCUUGAUCUGGAUUGUGCUCGCCGUUGUCAUCUUUUGCAUGCCGGCUACACUUCCUGUCACUCCAACCAGCAUGAACUAUGCGUCUGUCGUGUUUUCUGGAUUUGCCGCUAUUGCAGGUAUCUGGUACAUUGUAUUUGCACGCAAAAACUUCAAGGGCCCCCCCAUUCUGCGCAAGACUGGCUCACCCACAGUCAUGGAAGGCGUUGCACCCCAACCCUCCAAUCUUACCGCAGGAGACGACGACUUUGUCAAGGUUGGUUGAAAUUGUAAAACAAAUGGCAAGCUCUGCUGCAUAGCGAUUGUUCCCUGUUGUUGUUCUUCUUUUUAGCAUACCAUAUCAUGUUUAUAUUAAUUCAUCAAUACAUACGACGUUCACGAUUCGACU